CUCAUACGGUUGUCAAGAAGAGAAAGCGAGUAUACAAAUUUCUAUAUUUUAGAGAGUAGAGUUAGUCCCAUCUAACUACCCCAUUCCAUCUCCUGUCAGAAAUCUUAGCUCCUAAUUGGCUUUCGCCAUAUAAGUGUGCAGAUAAGCCCAUCGUCUCUCUCUUCUCUCUCUCGAAAUUCUGCAACCAAGAUUAGAUUGUGGAAUUGAAGUUUUAUGGCUUCGACUUUAGUUAAUGCGCCUUGUAAUGUCCGAGCAAUUAAGGGUCUGGAGUCUCGAGACUAUGGUAGUUUGGGACCAUCAGUUAGUAAAAGUUUUGUAUGCGUUCGGCCCUCGAUCAAGGGGCGUCCAAGGCGGCUUGUAUCUGUUAUAAGAGCAAGUGAUGAAUCCAUCCGAAAAAUGGGUUUGAGUGACGAAGAAUGUGAAGCCGCCGUUGUGGCUGGGAAUGCGCCAGAAGCACCUCCGGUUCCCCCCACACCGGCGGCACCAGCUGGAACUCCUUUAGUCCCUUUACUUCCACUUAAUGGUCGUCCUCGUCGUAACCGGAAGUCACCAGCAUUGAGAGCAGCAUUCCAAGAAACAAGCUUGUCACCUGCUAAUUUUGUAUAUCCACUUUUUAUUCAUGAAGGACAAGAGGACACACCUAUAGGUGCUAUGCCUGGUUGUUACAGGCUUGGAUGGAGACACGGACUUGUGGAAGAGGUGUCUAAGGCCCGGGAUGUUGGUGUUAACAGCAUCGUGCUCUUCCCAAAAGUUCCUGAUGCUUUAAAGUCACCCACAGGAGAUGAAGCAUACAAUGAAAAUGGAUUAGUGCCUCGAGCCAUACGGUUGCUCAAAGACAAGUACCCCGAUCUUGUAAUCUACACUGAUGUUGCUUUAGAUCCAUAUUCCUCAGACGGGCAUGAUGGUAUUGUCAGAGAGGAUGGAGUUAUAAUGAAUGACGAGACUGUGCAUCAGUUAUGUAAGCAGGCUGUGGCCCAGGCUCGAGCGGGAGCAGAUGUUGUUAGUCCCAGUGACAUGAUGGAUGGUCGUGUUGGAGCAAUUCGAGCAGCUCUUGAUGCUGAAGGUUUUCAGCAUGUGUCUAUCAUGUCAUAUACAGCGAAGUAUGCCAGCUCAUUUUAUGGUCCAUUUCGUGAAGCAUUAGAUUCAAAUCCACGUUUUGGGGACAAGAAAACUUAUCAGAUGAACCCAGCAAAUUAUAGGGAGGCUCUUAUUGAGACCCGUGCAGAUGAAUCUGAAGGAGCAGAUAUCCUUCUGGUGAAACCAGGUCUUCCCUACUUAGAUAUUAUAAGGCUUCUUCGGGAUAACUCUCCUUUGCCAAUUGCUGCAUAUCAGGUUUCUGGUGAAUACUCAAUGAUCAAGGCCGGUGGAGUUCUUAAAAUGAUUGAUGAAGAGAAGGUCAUGAUGGAGUCACUGAUGUGUCUCCGACGGGCAGGUGCUGACAUCAUCCUCACAUACUUUGCUCUGCAAGCUGCUAGAUGUUUAUGUGGUGAGAAGAGGUAACAUUAAACCGAUAGAAUGGGGAUUGUGCUAGAUGUGUAGGACCUUAUCAAUUUCAGAUAAAUAAGCAAAUUGUUGCAUAGUUUGUGCUUAAAUUAAAUAUGUUUUGUUCUAUGAGAAACUGAAAGACUAGACGUGAGUGAGUUCGGCCUUCGGGUGCUAAACCUGACUGGGCUGCAUGUAUAUCUUUGAAUGUAUGUAGUUGAGUUCGUUGUUUGUUUCA